AGAAAUCGUAUUUUACCCGGAAGAAGAGGACCGCGGUUGAACGACGGUAGCGAAGUAGUUGUAGAAGGUUUUUCACGGUUUCUUUUGCCAUUCAGAUAAACCCAAUAAACCAGAAAGCAGCUACCCUCAGAGGUGCACUCGCACGUCUUUGAGCAACACGGUAGAGAUGUCGGUCGUGCCUCCCAGUCGCUCGUCCACCGGCUGGCCGCGCGGAGGGGCCGCUCAGUUUGGGAACAAAUACAUGAGCGGGCCCGCUAAGCCUCUCACUCUGGAGAGGACCAUCAACCUAUACCCUCUGACCAACUACACAUUCGGCACCAAGGAGCCUCUGUAUGAGAAAGACAGCUCAGUGGCCGCCAGGUUUCAGCGGAUGCGGGAAGAGUUUGAUAAGAUGGGCAUGAGGAGGACUGUGGAGGGCGUUCUCAUUGUCCACGAACACCGACUACCUCACGUGUUACUUCUGCAGCUGGGCACUACUUUCUUUAAACUGCCGGGUGGAGAGUUGAGUCCUGGAGAAGAUGAGGUGGAGGGUCUGAAACGUCUGAUGACUGAGAUCCUCGGACGACAGGAUGGGGUGAAGCAAGACUGGGUUAUUGACGACUGUAUUGGCAACUGGUGGCGCCCCAACUUUGAGCCACCACAGUACCCAUAUAUUCCUGCCCACAUCACCAAACCUAAGGAGCAUAAGAAGCUGUUUCUGGUUCAGCUGCAGGAAAAAGCGCUGUUUGCCGUUCCCAAGAACUAUAAACUGGUGGCCGCACCACUGUUUGAAUUAUAUGACAAUGCUCCCGGAUAUGGACCGAUCAUCUCCAGUCUACCACAGCUAUUGAGCAGGUUCAACUUUAUCUACAACUAACUUGUGUGAACGAAGUACAUCUGGCUGUCUCUGUGAGUGCAGCCCUGUCGGAUGUGGGGGGAAAAAAGACUUCCAACCUCUGGCUCAACUUUCACAAACAAAAUGCUUGUCAUGUCAGGUAUAUUGACAGAACAGAGGGGUGUUUAUACUGUUGUUAGAAGAAAAAGAAAAUGUGAUGUCUUUUUUUUUUUUUUUUUUUUAUCUUGAGAAACUUGCUUGACUUUGUAGUAUGCAAGUCUGUAUCCCAGUGUGUUGAGUAUGAUUUUAUGUCAUUUCAGUGGAGCCGAUGUUUGAUUAAACAAACUACAACAUUGAGUUUCAUGUUGUUUUAACCUGUAACAAUGACGUAUUUUUCUUUUUAAUAAACUGUCUUUUCGGUAUGUUUUUAUAAAAUUUAAA